GCCUGGCUCCGGUUGUUUCGUCCAAGUGAACAAGGAAUAUGUGUGCGGAGAUGCUACUCCUGGUGUCCAUUCUGUUGCUCCUGCCUCUGAGCCGAGCGGCUCCCCCGCAGACCGAGCGGGAAGACACGGGGGUGGACUGGCUGAGUAAGUUUGGUUACCUCCCACCCGCUGACCCAGUAACCGGUCAACUUCAGACCAAGGAAGCCUUGACCAAGGCCAUAAAAGCCAUGCAGAAGUUUGGAGGACUGAAGGAGACUGGAGUCUUUGAUCAAGCUACAUUGGGUCUUAUGAAAACACCCAGAUGUUCUCUGCCAGAUGUGUCUCAAUCUGAAGUGACAGUGGGCCGCAAAAAGCGAAGUCUGAGCCCCCCCAACAAAUGGAAAAAGAGACAUUUAUCCUGGAGAGUGAGGACAUUCCCAAAGGACUCAGCUUUACUGGGCAGAGACACCGUUCGAGCCCUCAUGCAUUAUGCCCUGAAGGUCUGGAGUGAUAUUGCACCGCUCAACUUCCACGAGGUGGCAGGAAGCGACGCCGACAUUCAGAUUGACUUCACGAAGGCUGAUCACAAUGACGGAUAUCCCUUUGAUGGGCCAGGAGGUGCUGUAGCCCAUGCCUUUUUCCCUGGAGAGAGGUUCACUGCCGGGGAUACGCACUUCGAUGAUGAUGAAGCCUGGACCUUCAGAUCACCAGAUUCUCAUGGAAUGGACCUGUUUGCAGUAGCCGUCCACGAAUUCGGUCAUGCCAUCGGCCUGGUCCACACGUCAGCAAUGGAGUCCAUAAUGAGACCAUACUACCAGGGUCCUGUCGGAGACCCUCUGAAGUAUGACUUACCAUAUGAAGACAAGGUCCGCGUCUGGCAACUGUACGGUGUCCGUGACUCAGUUUCACACACAAGUCAGCCAGGCAACCCUUCUCAAACAGCGGAGCCUCCUGUUCUGAUGGACAUUCCAGAAAACAAAUCCAUACUUCAGCUGGCGCGAGAUGCUCCAGACAGAUGCACCAGCUACUUUGACGCAGUGGCCCAGAUACGAGGGGAGGCCUUUUUUUUCAAAGGGAAAUACUUUUGGCGACUCACUCGAGAGAAGCAUCUGGUGUCUCUUCGUCCCGCUCAGAUUCACUGGUUCUGGAGGGGAUUGCCCGCCAAUCUGGACGGGGUGGACGCUGUCUACGAGAGACCCGGCGAUCAUAAAAUAGUCUUUUUUAAAGGUCUCAAAUACUGGGUGUUUAAAGACAACGUCAUGGAAGAAGGUUACCCGCGUCCUAUCAGCGACUUCGGGCUGCCUUCUGACGGCGUGGACGCAGCCUUCGUGUGGCUUCACAAUGAGAAGACCUACUUCUUCAAGGACAACCGUUACUGGCGCUACGACGACCACCUGAGACGCAUGGAUCUGGGCUACCCGAAGGACAGCACGUUGUGGAAAGGGCUGCCCCCUCAACUGGACGAUGCCAUGAGAUGGUCUGACGGUUCUUCAUACUUCUUCAAGGGGAAGGAGUACUGGCGUGUGCCGAGCAGCGACAUGGAGGUGGAGGCGGAGUACCCGCGCCUUAUCGCCAAGGACUGGCUGCUGUGCACGGGGAUGCAGUCGGACUCGCCUGGCGCAGAGACCAAGAGCACCAAGAACCGGGUCGACGCGCACCCUCGCCCGGACCACGCCGAAAAUGGCUUUGAAGUGUGCUCUUGCACUUUGGACAGCGCCUCACCUUUAGGGGCACGACCCGCCCCGUCCCUCUUGUGGCUACUGCUGCCCCUCUGGACACUCUCGCUUGCCCUACGCCCACUGCCGCUAUGA